CAACUCCAAGGAAAAGAGAAAAAUAUAUCACACAUUGUCGCGUCAGAGGUAGGUGCUACAAUGAAUCAGGAGCCCAUAACCCAGGCGAGCAACUCCCAUACAAGGCCUAUGUCACGGCCAUUUUACGGACCAGUUUAUUUUUAGACACAUUUUAGGGCACUUUUUCGCGCGAAAAUAGAAUCUCCACCGUGCCUAUGAGCGCAUUCGAAGUAUAAGAUAUCAAAAAGGAAAACUAAACGCUAAUAAAAGGCAAAAAAUAUCAUUUUUAGGUCUGUAGGUCUUGCUGACUGGUUUUUGGAAUUCCAAAUUCGCGCCAAAGCCGUUCUAAAAAUAAGCUGGUCCGUGAAAACGCCGCGACAGUUGGUCGCUCCGGCUUAUGGACUCCUAAACGAACCUAUGAACAUAAGAGAGAAGUGUCAUCCGCGCGCAGAUGUAAAAACACCUACGAGGCUUCAAAGGCGCAUUAAUUAGGGUUUUCAUGUAGACCUCAUGUUAAGUAAUCCAGUAGAAUCUUCGAUUCUGAAUUCCACGAUGUCGAUUUCAUAUUCCAGGUACUGGAUUUCCGAUUCCUAGUCAGUUGAUAUUGGAUUCCGGACUCCAAUCAUUACGGAGUGGAAUUCCGGAUCGGAAUCCAUGAGCUGGAUUCCGGAUCCUAAAGCCCAAGAUUCUGGAUUCCAAAAUUUCCCGAAUUCCGGAAUACAGAUUACCGUGUAUGGGGCGAUCAUUUAUACCUUAUGAUAAUUUGGCUGGUCUGUUGCACCUCAUAGAGACUUUUGUUCUUGGGCCAUCGUAGUUUAAUCAGAAAUAAAACACAAUCAACGUUGAUAAACAUUGUGAGCUUUUACAUUUUCAAAUAAACUUGACGUUUCGUAUACUAAUCAACAUCUGUUGCACCUCAUGUCAAUUGUCCUGGCCACUCGAAACAAGCGCCAGCAUUUUGAAUUCUUUAGGAAAAGUAAAUAUUAAACUUUUUAUUUUCAGAAUAAGACUCUAAGUCCACGGGGGCCUGUUGGGCCUGUUGGGCCUGCUGGGCCUGCUGGGCCUGCUGGCCCUGCUGGGCCUGCUGGGCCUGUUGGUCCUGCCGGACCUUCGGGAUACAAUGGUACCCAGGGUCCUCCCGGUGUUGCAGGGGCCGCAGGAUCUCCUGGAUCGUCAGGGUCUGGUAACCUUUCACGUUGUUCUUACAAAAAAAAAGCCGCCACUCCAGUAUCGGCCGGACAUAUUGCUUACUCAGACGUGAUAGUCUCGGAAGCAAAGGUACGCCUCCAGUUAUUCAUUUAUGGCCUGGUUCAGACGCCGUACUUUUCAAAUGCCGAAACUAAUUGAAUAAGUUCGACUUUGGAGCGACACUGGCGCGACAUCUGAUUCAGACGGCGCACCGCGUGUCGCGUCAAAAUUAAGUUCGACAAAAGUUCGACCGACUCUGUCGAACUUAAUGCUUUUGCCGCACCAAACUAAAACUGCCGUACCAAAUUGAUUCAGACGCCGCUCUUUUCCCGUACUUGAUCCAUCAGUUAGGUUCGGCACGUGAGUGGAGCAGCUUCUGAACCGGGCCUAAAAAGUCUUUCAGGGGUUGAAAAUUUAAUGUAUAAUUAACUUGACACAGGCUACUGUGAUAUGUAUCAAUACUGAUCUGGCGGUACUUAUGAUUUUCUUAACUUCUGAUGCUGUCCCAUGUCCUCAGAGGUCGAUGCAAUAUGGGCGGCACCAUAAACAGACUCAGUGAGUUUAUCUUUCGGUGUACAGACUGUAUGUUUUUGUAACUGGCUAUGAAUUAUAACUGAUGUGGUUGAGGUAUUUGAACAUACAGCUAUUUCAAAAAACGUUGUCGGAAGAAAAGCAAAAAGCCUCUAAGAAAAGACCGAAAGGUAAUAUGGGAUUUUUAUAAUGACCUGCUUCAUGUCCCAUAGGAGUUUUGCGGCCACUCAAGUAUGUCCCUGAGAACAGUAUCAGGAACGUCGUUCUGUAAGUGAGAGUACCAAACGUUGGACAACUCUUAAAACAGAGCGCCUUCAAACAUUAGCGAGCUUAAGCAAAUACAAUGGCGACAAAAGAGACCGUGAACAACAUAUAGGUUUAAAUUAACAAAACAACAACUUAAUUUGUCCGUGGCCGUUGUUGCCCGACUACGGCUUGAAAUGUCUCAUGUUUCAUAGGGGAAGUGAACAGCGGGCCACAAAUUUCUUUUUUUUUUUUUUUUUUAACUUAAAACUAGUCCUUUAGAAUUCAUUUCCAGAGAAAUCGCUAUCAUUUAAAAAAAUGAACGAGGUGGAAUGAAGGCGAUGUGGUUGUCCAUACAUUCUCACAUGCUGGUGUAGUGCAAAAAAUUAGCUGCAGUAGACUUUGGCGUGCUUUAGUUAAUUCUUGAGUCAGGAACCAUUAUUCGGAACAAAGUUUUUUUAUAAUGCUUUUUUUCGCCGACUUCGUUACUACGUUAUGCAAAUUGAUAAAAUGUAAAAUUUAAUGUCAUUUGUCCUUGCUAAUUAGCUGUCUGAAAAUUGCUUUCAAAGAUGGGAAUAAGCAAGAGUGUAGAGUGUUUUCACUCACGUGGCCAGCAUCUAUGCAAAUUUAUUCGAACAAAAGAAAGCGUUUGCAUAACAAAAGAGUUCAACUCCCAGAGGAUUGGUUUGGGACACCAACAUUGUGUUUCAUUUUUUGGGACAAAAUGGCCGCCGUGACGUCAUGUGAAAAAAUGAUGAAAGUAUGGCUUUUUCUAAAAUGAAUCAUGAAUCGACCAGUUUAGUGGAGUGAUAUUGCCAGCAGAAAGACGGAUUUGAAACAACCCACAUUACCUUGCGGUCUUGGCUUGAAGCCUUUUUCGUUUCUUCCGACAACGUUUUUUGAAAUAGCUGUAUCCCUUUGUUACAAGGGCACUUUAAUACUUAAAAUGUUUGAUUUUACAGGGUACGAAAAUACUUGGCGUCUACUGUGAUUCAAAUGACGCAGCAAUUCGUCAACUUUUUACUCGCGUUUACAAGGGUGUCAAAAUGUAUAGAUGUACAUGUAAAUAUAGUGUAAAGUCUGGAACCGUUACCAUGCAGUGUUACCUUCACUACUGGGAGUGUCCUACCUGA